AUGCGCUUCCACGCCUCGGCCGUUGUCGCGGCCCUGCCGCUCCUGGCUCGCGCCCAGGAGAACCCCUUCGGCCCGUACAAGGCGCAGCUCCAGCAAGUUCUCGGCAAGAUGUGCUCCUACCUGCCCAACCCGGGCCGCCACGAUCAGGUUGCGGCCCUCGAGGCCAAGUUUGGACCGAUGCACUUGUCCACCCUGACGCUCGAGAAUUGGAAGGAAACCUUGUACGAGCAGGACCUCGGUCCGGGGGCCAGGAGCGUCGACGAGUGGUGGGUGCUCAUCUCUGGGAGGAACAAGACAUGCUUCGGUCAUUGCGGUCAAGUCGAGAAGGCCUUCAACGAGACGGCGGCCAAGUUCGCCACGACGCCCGGGGCCCCGCACAUGGCCCUCCUCAACUGCGACGACCAGCCGAUCCUCUGCAACAGCUGGGCGGCCGGCACCGGGCACAUCUGGUCCUUUGGCAUGGUCCCGGACCCCGACAAGGUGGAGAUUUACAAGAAGAGGCUCAACCUGACCUCGACCACCUCGGACGACCUCGUCGCUCUGCACGAGGCCGAGACGAAGGAGGGAUGGGUCGCGCUCGAAUCGUGGUUCCACCCCUUCACCGGCCAGGCCACCGAGCUCGGCCUCGCGGUUCCUUGGGGAUACAUCAUCUGGGCCUUCAACCUCGUUCCCAACUGGCUGUUCAUGAUCAUCGUUUCCUUCGCCAGCCGAAGCAUGAUGGGAAAUCGCAUGGGCAACAUGGCCAACGACCGCCGUCCCGGCGCUCCCGGAUCGGCCGGUGCGGCCGGCCGCGCUCAACGUCCCUCAUAA